ACGGCGGGCUAAAUUGGUAAUAAGCCAUUAUCGGUGAGGGUAAAAUUGUAAACUUGGACCCUCUGGUCUGAUAAGUGAAGGCUUCUAUCGUGAUGGGAGGGUUGCCCGGCGGCCGACGAUGGCGAUUAGCGCGACGGCGGCGAUUUCUUCGGUCGUGUCGAGGAAUAUUCUUCUGCCAGCUUCUGCUUGGAGAGGGAGGUUCUGUGGGUGUACUGGUCCUGUGCGACAGUUAGUCUCCAGGCACUUCCGUUUCGGGAAGAUUUACCAACAGCGGAGAUUUAAUGGUGUGAGGAGGAGCUUGAGGUGUGCGUCAACUGCGUCUGUGGAUGUCAGCACUGUUUCUUCGAGCUGUAGUUCUGAGAAUAGCUAUCCUCCAUAUGAUCGCCUUCUUCCUUGCCCCUCCCAAAAUGGAGCUCCGAGAGUAGAACACUUAGUUGUUUCAAAAGAUGGACCUGUUCUGGAGUACAUUAGUGAAGCGUUGUAUUUACCGUCCCAGUUUGUUGCAGAUCUCAUUCAUUUUGGAGCUGUAUUUUAUGCCCUUGUGUGCCCCGACCCUCCUCCAACUGCCACUCCCGAGCAAAUCAGAGUUUUCAAAGAAUAUACCGAUCCAUCAGUUCUGAAAAAAAGAUCGUCCAUUAAAGGGAAAACAAUACGCGAAGCAAAAAAGACUUUCCGAAUAACCCAUGGUGAUGAGUAUCUUGAAGCUGGAACUUACUUAAGGGUGCAUGUACACCCAAAACGAUUUCCAAGAUGCUAUAAGAUUGACUGGAGAUCUCGAGUUAUUGCUGUGACUGAAGACUAUGUAGUUUUGGACAAACCCGCGGGUACAUCAGUUGGAGGAACCACAGACAACAUUGAAGAAAGUUGUGCAACUUUUGCAACUCGGGCCUUGGGCUUGGAGGCUCCACUGAGAACUACUCACCAGAUCGAUAAUUGUACAGAGGGCUGUGUUGUGUUAGCAAGAACAAAGGAGUACUGCUCAGUUUUUCAUGGCAAAAUAAGGGAGAAAAAUGUAAAGAAGCUUUAUCGUGCACUUGCUGCUGCUCCUGUGCCAAUCGGAGUGAUAACACACUACAUGCGACCUAUUAAUAUAGCGCCUCGACUUGUUUCAGAAGAUUUAGUUAGCGGUUGGCACCUGUGCCAGCUCGAGGUCUUAGAUUGCCGGGAGGUUCCCUGGCCGAGUAAAUCGAUCGAAGAGGAGAAUGGUAUUGAGGACAGUGGAUGGCCGAGUAAAGAUUUUGCUUACGAGUGUACAAUCAAUCUUUUGACAGGCCGGACGCAUCAGAUUCGUGUGCAACUGGCUGCUUGUGGAGCCCCUCUAGUUGGCGACACGAUGUAUAUGCCAGCAGCCAUAGCCGAGUCAGGAAACUCCGGGGUGAACCCGUUUGGCAAGAAUAAGAAAGAGUUUAGCACCGACUGUGCUAAAGCAGUAGCUGUCGAAGAAUGGAUUGCUCAACACGGAAAGGAACCGAGCAUUGCCAUUGGCCUCCAAGCUAGUCACAUUUCAUGGGAUGAUAAUGGACAUCACUCUUUCGAGGCUGGAUCACCGUGGUGGCGAGAAAUACACCACCAAACAUAGGGACGAAGAGGUCAUUUGGCAUCGAAAGAGGCUUAG